AUGGCGCUCUCAGCUUUCUUUGGCAGUUCACAAGCUGUAUUCUCCGCCGCCGUAGUUCUGAGAGCUGUCUUCCUGGUGUACGGACUCUUUCAAGAUGCAUAUUCGCCCAUGAAAUACACCGACAUUGACUAUUUCGUCUUCACUGAUGCAGCGCGCUUCAUUGCACAAGGACAGUCACCUUAUGCUCGAGAUACGUACAGAUAUACACCACUGCUUGCAUGGCUCAUCUACCCAACGACAUGGCUAGGCUUCUGGUUCUCCUUCGGGAAAGUCCUCUUCGCAGUUGGCGACAUUGUUACAGGCUGGAUGAUGUUUCGCAUUUUGCGAACCUAUCACAACAUGUCCCAAGAAAGAGCGUUAAAAUAUGCCAGCAUCUGGCUGCUAAACCCCAUGGUCGCCACAAUCAGCACACGUGGUAGCUCCGAAGGCCUCCUUGGUGUCCUUGUGACGGUGCUUCUUUGGGCUGUAUUGGCAAAGCGCGUUGCGCUUUCUGGCUUUCUUCUCGGCUUUGCAGUCCAUUUUAAGAUAUACCCAUUCAUAUAUGCUGCAUCUAUCAUUUGGUGGCUCGACGACGAUCGGAUCAAGGGUCAUCGAAACAGCAGACCAUCUCCAUCUGCUACAUUCGGGAAUCAGUUACUGUCCUUCCUGAACCCACAGCGGCUUAUUCUGGCUCUGUGCAGUCUUCUCACGUUCAUGGUACUCAAUAUGAUAAUGUACCUCGCAUACGGCUGGCCUUUCCUUGAACACAGCUACUUCUACCACCUGAUCAGGAUUGAUCAUCGCCAUAACUUUUCGCCCUAUAAUACCUUGCUCUAUCUAAACUCUUCUCCUGGGGCCAAUCAAAAUGCAAGCGCUCAACCGUCUUUGGAGCUCGAACGACUGGCUUUCCUACCACAGAUCCUGCUGAGCGCAGUUUUGAUCCCUUUGGUUUUGAGCAAGAGAGACCUGCCAUCGACCAUGCUCGCCCAGACAUUCGCAUUCGUGGCCUUUAACAAGGUCUGCACAAGCCAGUACUUCCUCUGGUAUAUGAUGUUUUUGCCCUAUUACCUCCCUGAUUCAACACUGCUACACUCUCGUCCAGUGGGUAUCUCAGCGCUCAUUCUUUGGGUGCUCGGUCAGGUAUUCUGGUUACAACAAGGAUUCCAACUAGAGUUCAACGGUUACUCGACCUUUGUCCCAGGGUUAUGGCUUUCCGGCAUCUUUUUCUUCAUUGUCAAUGUUGGAAUAUUAGGCAUCAUCAUUCGCGACGUCAAGUCGAAAGAGCCGCACGGAAGAGAGCUAUACGCGACGAGCAAGGCUACAAAGAAAACGUCGUAA